AUGAGCCAGACGACAUUAGACGAGAAUGAUUUGGAUGUAUUGUCAAAUGUGCAAGUGACUGUGGAAGAUGUUUCUUAUGUGAUAUUUACAUCGGGAUCAACUGGACGUCCGAAAGCGGUUUCAGUUCUUAAUCGAAAUAUUGUUUCACACAUUUCUUCGGCAACUAUGUUGAAUAUUAUCAAUGGCGAUGUUAUCGUGAUUCAAAUUGGACCCUGUUCAUUUGAUGUGCAUAUACAGGAAAUAUUAGCCUCGAUCGUCGCUGGUUCUACUAUAGCUAUGUUACAUCCUGGUGGCAAUUUUGAUAUAAAAUUGAUCUGGAAAGUUAUCAACUCACAGCGGGUGACUUGCGAAACAUUAACCACGGAAAUGGUCGCAAAACUCAUGGCUUAUCUUUCUUCGGACUGCAAAGUUUAUCACGGAUAUGGUCCAUCCGAAUGUACACUGGCAGCCGCGUAUCAUCUUAUCGUCUUCCAAGAUUUGCAUUCAUCAUCAAUUCCGAUAGGACGACCUAUGCCAAAUUAUCAAUGUUACGUUCUCGAUGAAUAUUUACAAUUAGUUGGCAUUAAUCAGCUAGGUGAGCUGUAUAUCGGCGGUGCUGGUGUAUUCUCCGGUUA